AUGGGUAAACCUAGAGGCAGACGAGAAAAGAGGAAGGAAAAGCUCGAUGAGAGCAUUGUUGAGAGUCCAGAGCCCGGCAACAAGGAAGGAACUCCAUUUUUUGGGCUGCUGGACUCCACGGAACUAGAAUACUUCAAGCAGGCCGAGUCCACCCUCAAUGUGAAUGCUUUUAGUAGCAGCGAGGAACGGGAGUACUUCGUUGCAGGUGUCUACGAGGAAUCAAAGGGCAAAGAGUUGAAGCUGGUUACAAACCAAAUAUGCUCGAAGCUGAUGGAAAGACUCGUUCUGGUAGCUACGGACCGUCAGAUGAAACAGCUGUUCACCGCAUUCAAUGGCCAUAUCGUUCAGCUGUGCUGCCAGAAGUAUUCCUCACAUGUGAUGGAGACGUAUCUGGUCAGAUUGGCUAUGUAUGUGGAGAAACAAAUGACGUCCGAGCCAGAGGAGCCGGCUGCUGACGAAGAGUACGUUUCGAUGGAAAACAUGUUUCUCUUUAUCUUGGCCGAGAUCAAACCACAGCUGGAUAAUCUAGUUGUCCACAGGUAUGCAUCACAUGUGCUGCGUGUGAUCUUACUUAUUUUAGGAGGCAAACAGCUUCCUUCAACGGUAGAGUCUAACUCCGUGCUCCGGUCCAAGAAGUCCAAGAUUGCGCGCAAGAUGAUCGAUAUUAAGGACAACGAAGACUAUAAACGCUCCUACCUGACUCCGUCCUCGUUCAAGGAUGAACUAGCAGACAUUCUGCGUCUUCUAAAUGACCAGUACGACACAAAGUCGCUCAGGGAGCUUGCAAUAGACAAGAUCGGGUCUCCGGUGACCCAGCUCCUGAUCCAGCUUGAAGGAAUAGUUGACAAAGACCGUACGCUGUGGUGCAAAACGUUCAACGUGGUUUCGCACGAAAAAGAUCCGAAAGAGGAAGCUUUUGUCGAGUACCUGCUGUCGGAUGCCGUUGGCUCCCAUUUUCUGGAGACAGUGAUCUCCACACAGCGUCACAAGAACGUCGAACGUCUGUUUGAGCUGUACAUGAAAGACCGCGUUCUAAAGCUCGCUAAGCGUGAAACCACGGGAGCAUACGUGAUUCGCGCAUUGUUGAAGAAGCUCAAGCCUGCGGACCAGAAGUUCCUACUGGACCAACUUGUCCCGCAUCUCAACGAGCUCAUCGUCAACGGGUUCGACUUUGGCCAGAGCGUCAUGGAUAGCUCGCAAGAACGCGGAGACUAUCUGAAGCCAGAGAUAGUGGAGAAGUUUGUCCACUUUUUUCGUCUUGGCGAGAAUUCAGACAUAUUUGAGAGCGUUCUCAGACUCUCGACGUCCACGCUCGGGAACACGAGGGACGACUGGCCCACGGCAGACGAGCGUCGGCGAGCACUUUUUUUGGAGAAGCUUGUCGCGUACGACUCAAAGUUCUUGCAAGAGUGUGUUGAUGCGUUGAUCGCCAUGGAUCUCGAGAGACUGAAGGCCAUGUGCAAGCACGGUGUCUUUUCGCACGUUGUGGAAAAGUGUUUGAACAAAAGCGUCGACACAAUUAGCCGCAAGAAAUUACUCAACAAGCUGACAGAAACCAUCGCAGAGCUGGCAUGCCAUGCAACUGGAUCACACAUCGUGGAUUGUCUAUGGGGAUUUACGUUUGGGCUCAAUAUGUAUAAAGACAGGGUUGCGAAAAUCCUGUUUGACAAUCACGAGAUGCUGAAAAACAGCGGCUACGGCCGCCAAGUGUGGAAGAACUGGCACAUGGAGCUGUACUCUAGACGGUAUGCUGACUGGAAGAGGAUAAUCAAAGACGAACUGGUGCGCGAGCAGGAACUCGAAGAAGAGAAAAAACACAAGUCCAAGUCAAGGUAG